GCGAGCGGAGGAGAGGGGCCGGCGGAGCGCGCAGCGCCCAGGCCCCCGCGCCCGCCCGGCCCGGCCCGCGGCCCCGCGCCGCCUCCGCUCGGACGCGGCGGCAGCCUCACGGCUUGGCCCUCCGGCUUUAGGGUCUCCGUAAGGCCGUUUUCUUUUCUCAUUCGCUCAUCUGCCAGGAAGAGAGACUCGCCGUUGGCGCUUCGGCCUCCAGUUCAUUGAGAAAAACGAGGAAAUAACUCCGCGUGCGCUUCUGGAAAGGGGGGGUCGUCGCCUCCAGCCCUGAACCUCGGAGUGUUAAUCGGCUGGGGACUUGGCUCCGGAUUCUCCUCUCCUUUUUAACUCGCUCCGAUUGCCCCGAAGUUGGACUGAAGCAGAGUUUGGAAAGAAGGGGCAAAAGUUUGCAUCGGGGCUGGAAUUAUUUGCACCUCGCUGGAAGAAGAGAAUCCAACGGAGAGGGGUUGGUGCAAAGCCGCGAUCACGGAAUUCAGAUGUGUUCUAAGCCUGCUGGAGUGACCACACUUCCAAGACCCAAUGGAGGCCAGAGCUCAGAGUGGCAGUGGGUCACAGCCCUUGCUGCAGGCACCCCGUAACAGUGGGAGACAGCGUGGGGAGCCUGACCCUAGAGAAGCCCUCGUCCAGCAGGUACACGUGCUGUCCCUGGAUCAGAUCAGAGCUAUACGAAACACCAAUGAGUACACAGAGGGGCCUACUGUUGUCCCGAGACCUGGCCUCAAGCCUGCUCCUCGCCCCUCUGCUCAGCACAAACACGAGAGACUCCACGGUCUGCCCGAGCACCGCCAGCCUCCCAGGCUGCAACACUCGCAGGUCCAUUCUGCUGCACGAGCACCUCUGUCCAGGUCUAUCAGCACGGUCAGCUCGGGGUCUCGGAGCAGCACGAGGACAAGUACCAGCAGCAGCUCCUCUGAACAGAGACUGUUGGGACCAUCCUUCUCUUCUGGGCCAAUUGCCGAUGGGAUAAUCCGGGUGCAGCCCAAAUCUGAGCUCAAGCCAGGUGAGCUUAAGCCGCUGAGCAAGGAAGAUUUGGGCCUGCAUGCCUACAGGUGUGAGGACUGUGGCAAGUGCAAGUGUAAGGAGUGCACCUACCCGAGGCCUCUGCCGUCAGACUGGAUCUGCGACAAGCAGUGUCUUUGCUCGGCCCAGAACGUGAUUGACUAUGGGACUUGUGUGUGCUGUGUGAAAGGUCUCUUCUAUCACUGUUCUAAUGAUGACGAGGACAACUGUGCUGACAACCCGUGUUCUUGCAGCCAGUCUCACUGUUGUACACGUUGGUCGGCAAUGGGCGUCAUGUCUCUCUUUUUGCCUUGUUUAUGGUGUUACCUUCCAGCCAAGGGUUGCCUUAAGUUGUGCCAGGGGUGUUACGAUCGGGUGAAUAGGCCUGGAUGCCGGUGUAAAAACUCAAACACCGUUUGCUGCAAAGUUCCCACUGUCCCACCCAGGAACUUUGAAAAACCAACAUAGCAUUAUUAAUCAGGAAUAUUACAGUAAUAGGGUUGUUCUUUUUUUUUCUUUCUCUCUUUUUAACACACAUAUGCAACCAACUAAACAGUUAUAAUCUUGGCACUGUUAAUAGAGGGUUGGGAUAUUCUU